AUGACCUAUGACCUGGACCUGGUCAAGGUUGCGUAUCAAUCGUUUACAGGUGUGAUGUACGAUGGCCGGGAAUGUCUUAUGGCUGACGCUGAGAUGGUCAUGGUCUCUGUGGGUGGUCGUGUGGCGAACGUCAACAAUUCAACCGCGAAGACAUUCUUCACGCACCGACGAGCGCAUCACACCGCGCCUUGUAAUGCGCUGGUGGUGGUCGACGUAUGUGUAGUGGUAACCAGCCGAGGAGAGAUGCCGCCACAUGCCUUCUGUAUGAUUAACAAGAACUUGAACAAAGGUCUAAUAGGUAGCGACGUUUUCCUCUGCUACAAGAAGUCAAUGAACCGUCCACCACUUAUAGCGUACAAACCGGAAGUAUUGUUCAGGUAUCCAAUGGUAGACAGGCGUAGUCUUGUAUUCCCCACAUCCGUGCCUUUGUUCUGUCUGCCGAUGGGCGCCACGCUGGAGUUGUGGCCCAACAAUGCUGCAGCACCCAAACCUGUCUUCUCUACCUUCGUACUAACAGUCGCUGAUGCUACCGACAAGGUGUACGGGUCAGCGGUGACGUUUUACGAGCGAUACCCUCACGAGCAGCUGUCGCCAUGGCAACAGGAGCAGCUGGGAUGGCGGGCGGGCGUCUCCCACAUCUCGCACUCCACGCACGUCAUCAAGUGCAUCUGUCUGCUGUCGCGGUGGCCCUUCAGUGAUACAUUCGAACGUUGGCUACUGUAUAUCUUGGAAAUGUCGUGGAGUGAGGAACCCCUACAUGUACCAAUUGAAAGGUAUAUAACGCAUCUACUGGAGGAGGUGCCUUUUACAGAGCCAAGGAUAUUGCUACAAUUGUCCGCUACACAUGCGCACGAGCGUGUGAUAGUUACCCGUCGUGACGAGCAACCGUUGGCUCGCAGCGGUGCGGGCUUCCGUCAGUUGCUGCUCAACCUCGGUCCCGACAACUGUCUGCUGCUGCUGGCGCUCGCCAUCACCGAGCAGAAGAUACUCAUACACUCGUUAAGGCCGGACACAUUAACAGCAGUUUCGGAAGCUGUAUCAAGUUAACUAUUUCCUUUCAAGUGGCAAUGUCCGUACAUACCUCUGUGUCCGUUAG